GUGGACAGGACUGGUGCGUUUGGAAGAGGGAAUCUCAUCGACUAUCAAUCAUCAAAAUCACCCCUUAAAGAACAGAACCGAGACUCGAGGAGCAGCAAGCGAGUAGACGCCUCGUGCAACUUUGAAGUUUCUCAGGCCGAUGGUGGACUGUGAAGGGGUUUCAAUGGAUGCUCAGGUGGAAAAGGAGAGAGGAGAUGAGGAGAAGGAAGGUGGGCAAAGCAAGUCUUUCCUCUCUCCACAGCUGAAAGCCAUGAUCCGGAUCAAGAAGAAGUACCUAAAGAGAUCUAACUCAGUCAGGUCAAGCACUAACUCUGCUGUGUCCGAUGGGAGUUUGCACCCUAAGAGUCCCCAGACCAGGAAGUCCAAGCGCAGGAGGUCCCGUGUGCUGUUCCCAAAUAACACUUUGAUAUUCAGGCCAAAGAAAGAGCGCAGCGGGGCGAAACCUUUCCUGCUGCUCUUCAGCGUGAUCGUCUUCUUCCAGGUCUACAACGCUAUUGAGAAUCUGGACGACCAUGUGUUGAAGUAUGAUCUUGAGGGUUUGGAGAGGUCGCUGCACAGGGAGGUGUUUGGCCAGCCGGAGGCGCUAGAGGAGCUCAUGGACCAUCUGAACGAUUACCUUUCCACUUACGCCCACCAGAAACCCCUCACCCUGUCUUUGCACGGGUCAUCUGGCGUCGGGAAGAGCCACCUGGGUCGACUGCUGGCACGCCACUUCCGCUCAGUAGUCGAUGACAAGCUAGUGGUGCAUUAUUUAUCCAAACACCACUGCCCCCUACAGGAAGCGGCGCAGCACUGCGCCUCUAAACUAGCUCAGCGUAUAUCAGAGGUAGUGACUCGAGCCGAUGAAGAGGAGCAGAUUCCCUUCUUCAUCCUGGACGAGGUGGAACUGAUGGCCCCUCCGCUGCUGGACAUCCUACAAAUGUUUCUUCAGUCCAAUCAGACCAAUGAGUUUCUGAACGUGGUUUACAUUUUUCUCAGCAGUCUGGGGCAAAGGGAGGUCACGGCUCAUGUUCUUCAAAAUGCCUCCACCAACGGGGCCCAUAAACCGCUCCGACGGGCCCUGUCUCUCAUCCAUCCUCUAUGGAUGGAGCCCACAGUCGAACUCAUCCCUCUUUCCCUGCUGGAGCGGGAACACGUCAUACAGUGCUUUCUAGAGGAAAUGACCCUCGAAGGGUUUUACCCUGAGUUCAGUCAGGUAGAGAGACUGGCGGAUGAACUGGCCUAUCACACUGCAGCUGGAAGACAGUACGCAAAAACUGGAUGCAGACAAGUAGUGGGAAAAGUUAACCUGCUUUGAGAGAGCUUCAGACAGUGUGAACUAUUCUCAUUAUUCAGCCAUCUCAAAAUCACAUUUUUGUGACAUACACUAUAACGAAAUAAUAAUUUUAUUCAGCAAGGAUGCACUAAACUGAUGAAAAGUGACAGUGAAGAUGUUUAUAAUAUUUAUAUUUCAAAUAAAUGCUGUACAUUAGAUCUGUCAAUUCAUCAAAGAGUCCUGAAAAUAAAUAACAUUUUGCACCAAAUAUUAAUCAACACAACUGUUUUCCACAUUGAUAAUAAUAAGAAAGUGCAGCAAUGAUUUCUGAAGGAUCAUGUGUCACUGAAGACUGAAGUAAUGGACAAACUUGUGAGAUGGACCCAUAAAAACUUUUAAAAAUUGUAUCACCAGUACAUUUAAAGAACCUUUUAAAGAAUUAUAUUUACAAAUCUUCUUUUUUCUUUUUUUUCUUUUUUUUUUUUGUCUAAGUGCAAUUCUUCAAUGGUUGUCUUUAUAAUAUUGUUUUUAUUAUAUUGUUGAAUUUUUCAUCUAUAAAAGUAUGUGACGCGAAGCUGAUGACAAUAAAUGUAACAACAAUGACAACUGGAGUAAUGGCUGCCGGAAAUUUAGCUUUGCAUCACAGGAAUGAAUGACAUUUUUAUUAUUUUAAAUUGCAAUAAUAUUACAUGGCAGUGAAAUUCAUGUUUAGCUGUUGUGGCACUUAAAAAUGUGUGUAAAAUAUAGCUUUUUGUAUUUUGUUUAAUUAAAUUUUAUAAUGUAUAAUUUAUGUCUUUUUAUAAAGCAUUUCUAAAAAAUAAAAUGGUAAAGGAUUAAUCCAAUACUGUUUCAAAUCAGUUCAAAACUAGUUAUGAUUAAUUAUAAAUAUUUAAAUCCGCUGUAAGUAUUUACUUGACCUCUCAGUGUCAUCUGUCUGUCAAAUCUAAGGCUACAAUAUGUCCACACGAAGCCAGAGCUCACCCCAAUCCGAUCUUUUUUUCCCUCGUUCAAAAAGACAAAUCCCAUCCACACGGCGUCGAAUCAAGAAAUAUCUGCGUCCACAAAAACAAAGUGAAACAGACUGAAAAACAAUGUAGUAUACAUGCCAGAUCAGUAUGUGGCGCUGUAAUUGUGUUACAGAGAUACACAAAAAUGAAGAAGAAGACUUGGAGCAUGCGCAUUAACCUUGCGUGCUGUAGACAAACCAUUGUUGUUGUUGCUCUUACGUGAUGUAGUGGUGUCUGACUAGGGUUGAUGCAUGGGGUGAUGACAUCAUCGCUUAAGAAAAUAUACGGAUGGCCCCGUCUAC